CCCUUUUACAGUGUUAGAAAGUAGAAUGCACUUGGCUGCAAUAUGUUAUGUUGCAACUAUGCUUUCACUACCAACUUGCUUGUUAAGCGGUUAUUAACGCAUGGCUGAUGUUGGCUGAGUAGCAAUAGAUAUAGUAACCUCAUCAACACAAAGCAGCUAUUGACAGGAAAACAGAACACAAUCACAACAUCCAUGGACAAUCAGGAAUGUGCAUUACAACAAUGAAUGCUGUGCCUUGGAACAGCGUUAUGACUGCAGUUCUGCAGGAGGUAUGUGUUUACAGUACUCUGUCUCCAGGGUGUUCUGCAGGAGGUAUGUGUUUACAGUACUCUGUCUCCAGGGUGUUCUGCAGGAGGUAUGUGUUUACAGUACUCUGUCUCCAGGGUGUUCUGCAGGCUGCAGGAGGUAUGUGUUUACAGUACUCUGUCUCCAGGGUGUUCUGCAGGCUGCAGGAGGUAUGUGUUUACAGUACUCUGUCUCCAGGGUGUUCUGCAGGCUGCAGGAGGUAUGUGUUUACAGUACUCUGUCUCCAGGGUGUUCUGCAGGCUGCAGGAGGUAUGUGUUUACAGUACUCUGUCUACAGGGUGUUCUGCAGGAGGUAUGUGUUUACAGUACUCUGUCUACAGGGUGUUCUGCAGGAGGUAUGUGUUUACAGUACUCUGUCUCCAGGGUGUUCUGCAGGCUGCAGGAGGUAUGUGUUUACAGUACUCUGUCUCCAGGGUGUUCUGCAGGCUGCAGGAGGUAUGUGUUUACAGUACUCUGUCUACAGGGUGUUCUGCAGGAGGUAUGUGUUUACAGUACUCUGUCUCCAGGGUGUUCUGCAGGCUGCAGGAGGUAUGUGUUUACAGUACUCUGUCUACAGGGUGUUCUGCAGGAGGUAUGUGUUUACAGUACUCUGUCUCCAGGGUGUUCUGCAGGAGGUAUGUGUUUACAGUACUCUGUCUCCAGGGUGUUCUGCAGGAGGUAUGUGUUUACAGUACUCUGUCUCCAGGGUGUUCUGCAGGAGGUAUGUGUUUACAGUACUCUGUCUCCAGGGUGUUCUGCAGGAGGUAUGUGUUUACAGUCCUCUGUCUCCAGGGUGUUCUGCAGGAGGUAUGUGUUUACAGUACUCUGUCUCCAGUGUGUUCUGCAGGUGAGGCUUGUUUACCUCGGGUCCCAGUUGGCUCUCACUCCCUCUGCUCUUCGUUAUCAGCACUGUUCAGCGUCACUUUGUGUAACAGGUCAAAGUUCGAUCCAGAGCUGCCUGGCUGUCUGCUGUAGAGGGAGCGGGAGGAGGGAGGGGGAGGGGUGCUUGUUGAUGGGGUGUAGCCCGUCCCAGGAGAGCCAAUGAACUAACAGAGAACAAACUGUCAGAACAGUCGUCAGCCCUGCCCCCCUGAAGUGGUUUACUCCUGUCAGGUACCUUCAGCACAACACAACAAACCAAUGAGUAAAAAGAGUAGACAGUACCGCGAGUUGCUUUCUGCUUCACUAAUGAGAGAGUGCUUCUGCAGCGCUGGAACACUGUGUGUGUGAGAGAGUGUGUGUGUGUGUGUGUUGGGUAACAGUUUGUGCGUGUGAUCGUGAGUGUGUGUGUGGCUGUUAUG